GGAGGUGGCAGCGGCCGGGGCCGGGCGGCGGGCCGGCCGCCAUGCCUGCCGGGCCGCCGUGAGUCGCUCUGCGCGGCGCCAUGGGGCCGCCGGAUCCGGGCUGGGCCGCGCUGGUGCUGCUCUUCGCCGCCUCGCUGCUCACGGUCGCGGCCUGGCUGCUUCAGUACUGGCGUUCCGCGGCUCUGCGGGCGCCGCGGCGGCGCGGGGCGGUGGCGGAGGAGGCCGGGGCCCGGGCGCUGCUCGCCGCGCUGCUCGCCCUCCGGUCCCUCCGGGAGCAGUGGCAGAGGGCCUGGGUGCGAGCCCUCAACAGCCAGGCGCGCCGGCACGGGAGUUCGGUGCAGAUCACGUUUGAAGAGGGUCUUCACUUACCACCGGCCACGAAUAUAAGUCGUGUGACGUGCAAGGGACAGUCGGACCGCAGCAUGGUGCUAAACUGCCAUCUGUCAGCCGAAGCUGUGAAAUUCCCCGUCUCUGUUACUCAGCAGUCCCCGGUCGCUGUUUCUGUGGACACCUAUCACGUCACUUUGGCUGUGCGGCAGGCUCAGGUGGAGAUCCGCUUGGAGGAGAUACAGAACGAAGGCCUCCUGGUGUCGUGGACGUUCAAGGACAGGCCGGACUUGAACCUUUCGGUUCUUCCGAGGCUUCAGCUUCCCGAGAAGAACGAAGGGAGAGCGGAUCUGUCCACUGUAAAGGAUCUGAUCGAGGAUACCGUUGUCAGCACGCAGCCGGCCAUGAUGGUGAAUCUGAAGGCCUGCGCCGCUGGAGUCGGUAUGGUACCCUGCAGUAAGUUGACGCGAGAGUCCCCGUCUGCGGUAGCGGCAGCCCCUCUGGGUUCUAAGCUGUUGCUCCGGAAUCUUCGGGUGCUGAACUUGGGCUGCCAGGGCAAGGGAGGACUUGGGGGGAUACGCUGCGUGGCAGAACUGGACAGCCCCCCGCAGCAGAAGCGGACGAGGCCGGUGACGGCUGCCGGUGCCGCAGCAGAGAUGGAGUGGACCGAGGAGCUCUUCCUGGACUUGGGACCUAGAAGUAAAGAGCUGAAGCUACAGGUGCUGGGGAACAGCGAUGGAGGCGAAAACGUGCUGCUGGCGCGCGCCACGCUUCCGCUUGAUUCUUUGGGCAAACGGCCAUCUGGGAGACGGGUCUGCGCGCUGGCUCCGGGAGCCGGGCGGUCGCUGGCGGCCGAAGCUACCAUUACGUUGGAGCUGCUCUUCCAAGAGUCCCCCGCAUCGCUGAAUGCUCGGCACGCCGCGUCUCUGAGAACCAGCAUCACCCCCACGAAGAAGGUGGAGAUGGACCGGACCGUCAUGCCCGAUGGCACCAUUGUGACUACCGUCACCACGAUUCAGUCCCGGCCCAAGGCAGACUGCAAACUGGAUUCGCCAUCCAGGUCCCCUUCCAAGGUGGAAGUGACCGAAAAGAAGACAACGGUGCUUUUGGAGAGCGGCUGUCCCCCUGGCCCCUCGCCCAGUGGGGAUAGCCGUGCGCCCAACGGCUUGGAUCCAGUGGCUGAGACGGCGAUCAGGCAGCUCACCGAGACGAAUAACAAGCCCGCCAAGAAGACCCCGACGAAACGUAGCACGCUGAUCAUCUCAGGCGUUUCCAAGGUACCUAUUGCUCAAGACGAAAUGGCACUUUCUCUGGGUUACGCCGCAUCCCUGGAGGCCACGGUGUACGGGGAUCCUGUGGCGGAGGACGCGGCUGACCGGAUGCGCGGUCCUACAGAAGCGUCCCAGCUGCUGGAAACGUCGCCGUCGGUUCGAAGGGCCAGUCAGGAGCUGGAUGAGACGACGCGAUCAGACGUCUCCGAGAGGCCGUCGGUGGAAGACGUCGAGUCUGAAACUGGCUCCACGGGAGCCCUUGAGACCAGGAGCUUGAAAGAUCACAAAGUUAGCUUUCUUCGGAGCGGUACCAAGCUCAUCUUCCGGAGAAGGAGCAAGCAGAAGGAAGCGGGCCUGAGCCAGUCGCACGACGACUUGUCCAACGUUACCGCCGGUUCUGCCGCCGGGAAGAAAGCCGGCAGCUUCUCCCGCCGCCUCAUCGAGCGCUUCUCCUUCAAGUCUAAAUCCAAACCCAAAGCUAGCGACGGCACGACGGCAGGUGAGAACUGAAGGAGGGAGAAGCCCGUCGGAAAGAUUGCACAGAGCUCCUUUUCUAGUCUCUCGUCUUCCCGCUCCGCGGUAUCUGUGACCUGCAGUCCGGUUCCUUCCCGCCUCGGCUGAGGGAAGACGCCCCGGUGCUGUCUGCCGUCCGGGGAGCGGAGGUGGCGAACCUGGAGCUUAGGCCGCUCAUCCGCCUCGGCUCAGCCUUCUCUGACUGUCGUACCCCACUGUGCUCUCCCGCAAAAUCCAGGUGGUGCGCUAAUCCCUGGGGGGCUCCCAGGAGCUGCAGAAGUGACUCUGCCUGUGUGGCUGCGUGACCUUACCAGGGGCGUCCCGGGAAGCAGCGUUGGGGGGGAUCUUGAGGCACAGCCCUCGGAGUUAAAGAUUGAGAAACUACCGGGUUCGCUAAGUUGCCGAGAAGCGUGGGAUUGUAGCCUCGCUCGGCUCUUCUGGUGACACAGAAUGACGCGGUUGCUGGCCAUCUACACGCUCGCGUUGCUUCCGCUCGGUGCAGAGGCCGUGACCUGACGGAGAUGCAGGGUGGUACGGGGCGAUGCGUUCCUGGGCUGUGAGCUGGCGGGAGAACGAGCCACGGGCCUCCACCCGGCUCUGCCGUUGGAACGGUCUUGGGUUUGGACAGUGCCGAGGGACGCGUGCUUUCUGUGCUAUGCGGAUGAAGGAAGGAGACUCCGAGAAGAAGGAAUUUCUCGCUGCCGGGUGAGUGUUUGUAGAAGCCCGGGCCCUCGCAAGAAUGUCUGGCUGGUGCCGCCACGCUGUGACGCAGCCCUCCUUUUGCGUCCCCGUUCUCGGACGGGGCCAGGGCCGUGCCGCACGCACGCCAGCCGUCGUACGAGUGGAACCCUUUCCCUCGGGGCAGUUUGGGGGCACUGCCGAUGGGACGCCGGGCCGUCUUCCUUACCCGUGGAGUGCCCGGACUCUCGUGGCCUCGUGGUUCUUGCGCUGGGGACGGACGAUGCUAGCGAAAGGGCGGUCUGACGUGGAGUCCGGUGAAGUCGCGUGGCGGAAAGAGGCAAGAGUUCCCGCGUUUGCACUGACGAAAAGGUUUCUUGCGGUAGAAGGAGCCUUUCUUGAUUGCAUCUGGUAUUGCCUUUCUUCUGGCGAACCCGAUCCACCGUGUUCAAACGGCGGGCGUUUCCGCGGCGUGUAUUUGCAGAGGGAGAGGCGUGCGGGGGAAAAUCGACUCCCUGCGCGGAAGGAGAUCCCCCUUCCAGAUGAAUGGUUUUUCCGGUCUCCUGGCGCGUGAACGUUGCGGAUGUCCCCAAAGGCCCCGGUUGGAUAGUGUAACGCCUCUCUUUGGAGAAACGCUUGUGCCCCGUCGUCGUGCCUGGUUUGAACGGAAGCUCCUUCUCUCCUGCGGGCCGGACAGUUAAGGGAGAUGGGACAGAGGGGAGGGAAAACCUCGCCAAAGAGCGAUCGCCUGGCCCUGGCGGGAUUUGCAAGCUCUGCUCUCCCGUUAAGGUAUCUCCCGAGGUGGGGGCUGUCACCCCGCCGUAUCCAGGAUGCGACCGACUGGAAAAUCGGUAGCUCUCUCGGCAGCGUGCGUAAAACAACAUGUCGCCUUCUUCGGAAGGACGAAUCUCGGCUGGUUGUUGCGUGCUGUUUCCGAAGACCGGUGUGUGUUCGAUAUGCCACUGCGAAAGGAUUUUCGGGCAAGAAUUUCGGGGUCUGUCUUUGAAAGUACAGGGAGGUAGGGAAGGCCAGAGUCGCCUGGGGCGCUUGGAGGGAAGGCGUUGGUGCGAGCCGGUGAGGGGGGACUCACUCCCGGGUUUCCUGGCAAUUCGCCACAAGGUUGGGCCCGUGUGAGAAAUUGGACCGGUCUGGCUGGCUGAACUUCUCCCCCUGUUUGGUUUGGUCUGGGUGUCUUUCUGGCCGUCCCUGAGCUCUUUCACGUCUUCUAUCCUUUGUUUCUUUUGCCACCUGCGUGGUACAGUGGCUUCGUUCGCAGCUCUGUGCGCUGCGGAUGUUGGCGCGCUCGCAGUUUCUCGCCGAAGAUAGUGUUCCUCGAUGUGAGCGAUCAGUUCCUGCUGCGGCACCGGUGGAUGUUGGCGAUCUGCAGCUUGCCUCUGGCGAUCCGGCUGCCGGAGCGAGGCGGCCCUUCCUUCGCGGGGUCGGUGCGAUGUCGCACGUGGCGCCGUCCCUCGCGGGCACGCCCUUGCUCCCAAAGCCUCGGGGUUCGGUUCCGCUUUGGCGUUCUCCCUUGCACUGCCGUCCCCGCUACGACCACGCCUCCGUUACCGACGACGCGCGACGCUCUGCCUUUGGGCUUCGCUUAUUCUUUUCCGAUACCGUGUCCAGGUCGCUGUGAAGGAAAAGCGCUCGCCGAGCUCAGACAGCAUCGCUUCUAUAGCAGGACGGCCGUGAGACUUUGUGUCAGAAAUGCCGGCGGCUCUUCAUCUGCAGGUUUAUGGCAGGACCUUCCCCAGAUCCUCGUUUAGGAGUCCCGUAUUCUUUUCUUUAUACUGAGGGAGCAGCUCAAGCUGUCUUGGUGCAGAGCGGCUGGAGGCAAAUGCCCGAGGCUCCCACCCGCACUUCCGAAGCGUGAAUCGGGCUCGCGUACGCAAGGACGGCCGUGAGGGCUAGCGAGCGUUGUCCUCGUUGCUGUAGACCGGAGGCGAAAGAGGUGGGUGGGGUGUGUGUCCGACAAAGACGGACCUGGAUUUUGACCGGAACAGUUUGGUCUGGCUCGGAGGAAGCUCGAUAGGAAAGCUAUCGAAACCAAACAGGAACGCAAGUUCCUCGCUGGCCUCGGGGAUCAAGGAUCCCUUUCUAGCUGCGUCAAAUAGGCAAUUGCUGCCACGUGUCCGCGGUCUUUCUCAAAUUUAUUCCCGGUUUGUUGGCUCUAGGCCACACCUGCCGAUGAAUCGCAGCAGAGGUGUGCUGUUUCUGAUUGUGAGCUCUGACCCGGCGAAAGACUCGUCUGGGCAUCUCCUGCACUGCGGUCCGUGGAAUGAAUGGAACAGGGGCCGCGUGACGCUUGGUGUGUGUUGUCCCUUGAAUUUUUGGCAGUGCUUUUUAGCACGGGCAGCAGACCGCUAUGAAAGGUCGUAUCUGGUUCGGUAGCUUGCAGAGGAAAGGGAUAUCGUUGAGCGCUGACGGAGCAUAUCACUGGCACUGCUUGUGUUUCCUAUCGGCGAUGUACUGCCUGCCAUUCCGUUGCUUCUCAAAGUGGUACGCUGUAGGACUGAUACCGUAACCUUCUGACCCUCUCUGAAACGCUCUCUCUAAGCACGGACCGUUUCUUCGGGGUGUUUGCGUAAACGGUCGUCGGCAGGCCGUAGGGGUAAGGGGAACGGCUCGGGUGAGUGCACCGGGAGUUUUGUAGAUCUGAUACGCUCCCGAUUAACGUGUCGAUCCUUUCUCUUGGUAUCCGUACGUGGCUCCUUUUCUUGCGUGCACGGUUGUUUUCGUCCCCCGAGUAGCAGGCAGCCGGUUUUGUUAGUCCUGGCUACGGAAGCACGGAGGACCCUCCCGCCUUCCCGUAGCUGACAACGGUAACGAAUCCGCCUCAUGGGGAAAGUGUCAUCGUUGGCUCGAGAAAAGAUUCUUCGAUCCUAAUCUUCUCAGAAGGAAAGGGACGGUCACAUAGGUCUUUGCCUUUAUGGCUUCUGUAAGCCAGAGCCCCGGGGAGUUUGCCCCGUAGGACCGCUGUCGAGAAAUUCUCUUUUGUAUUUCGGACAGAAGAAAUGCCAUUUGAAAUGUACGUUGCCCCGUUUAACUUCUUCCAGAUAGCCGUGCCCUCACCUCGGUGCCGGUGUGGGGUCCGUGGCAUUUGGAAACGCCUGGGAUCGCAGAGCAAUGGUGUGCCCGGGUGCGUGAUGCGGGCCGCCGUUGGACUUUCUAGACUGGAAUGAUCUGCGGUUGACAGGUUGCUGUCUCGGGGUAGGUUCGGUGUUUGCACCUUGUGAAAUCGGUCCUUAACCGAAUAUGUGGGGGAGGAGGAGCGGCAGAGCGGCGGGCUUGAACCCGCGGAGGCUUCCGAAGGAGUUCAACCUGCUGAUGAGGGCCCGUUCUCCGCACGCUGUGUUUUGCUGCCGGCUGUGCGGAUAGAAACGGUGACUCGGUGAUUGGGAAAUGAAGCCAAAAGUAUACAUUUUGGGUUUGGGGCUGGUUGGUUUGUUGUUGUUUUGGUUGGGGUUUUUUUUGUUUGUUUGUUUGUUUUUGUUUUUUUUUUUUUCUAAUUUAUUUGGGGGUAGAGGAGGUGUGGUGUUGCGUGGGCAUUGUUUUCCGUUGGUUUGCUGUGGGUUUUUUUGGGGGGGUGUGCUGUUUUGCGUUGGUGUUUUGUUUUGUUUUCUUUUGGUUUGGGGUUUUUCGUUUGUUUGUUUGGGUUUGGGUUUUGUUUUUGGCUAUUUUGGCUGAACAGAGUUACCAGAACUUACCCGUGCUCUGUGUUUUUACUUCUCUGAAGAAAACAGAUUUCUCUAGCCCUCGGUACACUUGUAAGUGUAUUUCUGUCUAGAUACAUCCUCUUCCCGUGUUUCGGUAAGGUUUUUUAAGAGCCUCCCCGUUGAGAAAACUGUCGGUCUCGGCCCGCGAGGGGUGUCCUCUCGAGGUGAGAGAGAAAACAGGCACGGGAAGAAACGGAGAACUAUAAAAGCUCAGUGAUUUGGGUGGGCCGUAGGAUCUGCUGCCACGGAUGUCUGACGGAGGCUCGACGCCUGGAGAGGGUGUGCCGAGGCAGCGUACUCGAGGACGCAGGGAUGGCGUGCGUGCACGGGUGUUGGCGCACACUCGUAAUCGGUGUGCGCCCGGCGAAUGCCGGUACCGGCCGCGCCACAAAGUGAUUGAGGACGACGGGGCCGAGCGGUGGGUCGGGAGGGCGGCUCCCCCGGCUUCUGUUUCGUCUGCAAAAUAGUUCUGCCGCAGCCCUCUGCGGGGCAGAGUCGAGCAAGCGAGUCCAACCUCUGCCCCCGCGAGCACCCUCACACUGCUUAUGCAGUCGAGGAUGGAGUUUUCGGCAGACUGGCUGAAGUCGGGGACGAUGAGGGAGGGGCUACUCGGGCUAGUCAGAAAACGGGUCAGGGCCAGGGGCCGUAACGAACGCUUCUUCAAAGCGAUGGAGGAUGACCACGGGCACGCGCUGUUUCUCGAGUAGAACCGGGUGCGUGGCAAAGCGUAAGCUUGCAGGUGGUUUUGUUCCGCUUUUCUGUCUUAAGUGGUGCCGCUUCCUUCCUGUGACAGCUUCUCUCGGUUCGUCGAUCGCUGCGCCUACGGAGAAGUAAUUUCUGGGUCGCUGGUGAGAUGCUUGAAUGCUGGGUGGCUUGCGUCUGCUUGUUUUGGGGUCUUUUGCACCGUUCUCCCCUGCCACCUCCUGGGUCACGGCGAGCGUCACGGUAGAGUAACAAUCCUAGUGGCGGUCCAACUUUGGAAACGGUCUUUGUGUCCUUGUGGUAUCGCGGCUCCUUCUACAGCCAUGACUGCUCCACGCCGCCUUUCCUCGCUCGUACGGGUACUGGACCGAAUACCCAUGCUGAAUUUGAAUUAGCGCCCCUCCUCGUGCGUGCUCUUUUGUACCUUGAUGCCUUCUCUCUGGGUGGAUUAUUUUAACCCCGGAUUGUUCAGAGGAGG